AUGAAGACUUUAAAAAAAUUAUUUAUCGUGUAUUAUAAUUUUUAUAAAUUUAAUAGAAUGGGAAUUUGUGGCUCAAAAUAGCAUAUUAAAUAAUAAAAAGAAACCAAUUCAGUCAUCAGGUAAAUUAGUUUUUAAAGGGAUGAAGUUGAUUUGAGUUUUUAAAGGGAUGAAAUUGAUUUGAGUUUUUAAAGGGAUGAAGUUGAUUUGCAAAACAAAAAAGAAUAUGAAUGUUUUUUUUUUGACAAUCAUCUACAAAGAAGAAUAAAGAUGAAAUACUAAAUUGAAUUUGAUAAAGAAAAUAAAAUCACUCAUAUUUAUUAUGAAUAAAUAGCUAGAUUGUAAUUCAAUUCAUAAAAAUACUAAUAGAAUAAGAAAUUUUUCUUAUAUGGAGCCAGAAAUUUUCAACAAUUUAGAAAAAAUCAAAUAUCUUGAAUGGGUUGGUCAAUAUGGAAAGAAUUUUAAGAAGUUUCCUGAAUGGAAUGUUAAUUGGAAUGGAGAAUUUCUCUAAAGAGUUGGAGGAUAUUACUCACAAAGAGGGGAAAAGAUAGGUUUAUGGAAAGAAUUAUCAAAGGAUUAUUGCAGGUAACUUUUAGGUUAAGGUAAUUAUUAGUAAAGUUCCUUUAUUUGAAGAGGGAGACUACAAGAAUAAUAAAAGGACAGGAAGAUGGAACUAUAUUUAUAAAGAUCAAAUAAUGUAUUAGAUUAAUUUAUAAUUUUGUGGUCAUGGAUCAUAUGAAAAGGGCUAAAAGAACGGGAGUUGGGUAGAGUUGUGGGAGGGAUUUAGGCAUGGUUCUUAAAUUAUUUAUGAUGGUGAUUAUAAUAGAAAUGGUAGAAGAAUAGGUAAAUGGGAUAUUAUUUAUUGCUUACCUUUCGAGUAGGAAUAUAAAUAAAUGUAAAUAUUUAUAUAAGUAAAAUGAUAGUGGUGGCGGAUCAUACGAUCAAUAAGAGGGUUAGAAAAUUGGAAGAUGGAUAGAGUUGUGGGAAGGGUUUUCAAAUAUUGCUUAAGUUACUUAUAAUGGAGAAUAUAAUACGACAGGUAUGAAAGUGGGUAGAUGGGAUAUUAUGUGUUGUUUGUAGAAUGAAUAAGAACAGAAAUUAAUGUACAUCUUAUGACUGUAAUAUUAUUAUGUUAGUGGUGGUGGGGUCUUUAAAGAGGAUGGUUUGAAAAUUGGAUCAUGGGUAGAGUUGUGGGAGGGGUAUUAACAUGAUAAUUAAAUUACUUAUAAAGGCGAAUAUAAUAUGGAUGGUAUGAAAGUGGGUAGAUGGGAUAUUAUGUGUUGUUUGUAGAAUGAAUAAGAACAGAAAUUAAUGUACAUCUUAUGACUGUAAUAUUAUUAUGUUAGUGGUGGUGGGGUCUUUAAAGAGGAUGGUUUGAAAAUUGGAUCAUGGGUAGAGUUGUGGGAGGGGUAUUAACAUGAUAAUUAAAUUACUUAUAAAGGCGAAUAUAAUAUGGAUGGUAUGAAAGUGGGUAGAUGGGAUAUUAUGUGUUGUUUGUAGAAUGAAUAAGAACAGAAAUUAAUGUACAUCUUAUGACUGUAAUAUUAUUAUGUUAGUGGUGGUGGGGUCUUUAAAGAGGAUGGUUUGAAAAUUGGAUCAUGGGUAGAGUUGUGGGAGGGGUAUUAACAUGAUAAUUAAAUUACUUAUAAAGGCGAAUAUAAUAUGGAUGGUAUGAAAGUGGGUAGAUGGGAUAUUAUGUGUUGUUUGUAGAAUGAAUAAGAACAGAAAUUAAUGUACAUCUUAUGACUGUAAUAUUAUUAUGUUAGUGGUGGUGGGGUCUUUAAAGAGGAUGGUUUGAAAAUUGGAUCAUGGGUAGAGUUGUGGGAGGGGUAUUAACAUGAUAAUUAAAUUACUUAUAAAGGCGAAUAUAAUACGACAGGUAUGAAAGAGGGUAAAUGGGAUAUUAUGUGUUGUUUGUCGAAUGAAGAAGAAAUUAUGUAAAUUUUAUGUCUGCUAUAAUUUAGUGGUGGUGGAUCAUAUAAUUAAAAUGAAGAUUUAAAAAUUGGACAAUGGACAGAAUUGGAUUAAAGAUUUUCAAAUCUCAAUUAAGUCACUUAUUAAGGUGAAUAUAAUAUAAAAGGUAAAAAGGUAGGUAAAUGGGUAAUUUGGUAUGAUAGAUAUGGAUUUGGAAAUUAUAAAUAAAUGUAUAACUUAUUGAUAGUUGUUAAUUAGUGGUGGAGGAUUUUAUGAUGAUGAAAAAGGUUAAAAAUUUGGAAAAUGGAUAGAGUUGUGGGACAAAUUUUUAUUUGAGAAAGAAAUUUUUUAUUAAGGCGAAUAUAAUAUGAAAGGUGUGAAAAUUGGGAGAUGGAAUAUUUAUUAUGAUAAAUAUGGAAGUUUAUAACCAAAGUAUAUGUAAAUAUUUUUGGAUAUUUAAAAAAUAUGUUAGUGGUGGAGGAUUAUAUGAUAAAGAAGAAGGUUGGAUAAAGAUUGGAAGAUGGAUAGAGAUUGAUGAAGGGUUUUAACGUAUAAAAUAAGUCACCUUUAAUGGAUUUUAUAAUAUGAAGGGUAUGAAGGUAGAUAGAUGGUAUAUUUCGUUAAAGGAAGAUGAAAAACAUAAAAAAAUGUAAUUAAAUAAGAAAAUUAAUAUUUUAGAGGUGGUGGAUCAUAUUGUAAAGAAGGGGGUUAUAAGGUUGGAAAAUGGGUGGAAUUGUGGGAGAAUUUUGAAGACCAAAUAUAAAUUACUUAUAUUGGUGAAUAUAAUAAGAAAGGUGUAAAAGUAGGAAUUUGGGAUAUUAGACUUUAGAAGAGUUAUGGACAUAAAAUAUAAAUAUAUAUGUAAUAUUAUUUAAGUAAUGUAAAAAUAUUAGUGGCUGUGGAAUAUAUGAUGAUAAAUUUUCGAAUAGAAAGAUUGGAAAAUGGGUAGAAUUGGAUAAAAAAUUUACAGAGAUAAACACAAUAACCUAUUUGGGUUAAUAUAAUAUGGAAGGAAAGAAAGUUGGUAAAUGGGUAGAUAACAAAGGAAAAUAAGAAUUCAUCUAUAAUAUUUGA